GGAUCGGUUAGACUCACAAUGCGCUGUCUAGAUAAACAGCAGUAGUGCCUCCCUAGCCAAAUUAGCACGGCACUAUCUCUGCGAACAUGCUCGGAGUACGUUAUAAAGCUGCAGGAUCAAGAUAACUAUUAAUGGAGUUGGUACAGCGAGAUGAUAACAGUGAUGGUGGUGAGAGGAGAAGAGUUCAUUAAAACUCCGAGUCGCAAGGAGAUCUGCCGUGGUUGGACUUUCUUCUCUUCACUCAGGCUUAUUUACUGAAUACAGUUGUAUAGUAGGGUCAGUGCUUAUUCUGCAGUCGUGCUACAUGUGCAGUUUUUGCAUAGUAGUAGGUGCUGUUAUUGGCACUACGGUGGCAGGAAUAUCAGCGUCAUUUCAAUGCUAUCAUGCUCAGAUCUUCUGAGUUUGACAGGGAUUCUCACGUCCCUUGCUUUUGCUCAUCAUCAUCACCACUAUCAUCGACGACAGCGUUCUCCAACCGAGUCUGACUGUCCCACCCAUGCAACCUAUCCCGGGCCAGCUUCUGGGUCCGCUUAUCAUUGCAGCCCAUCUCCACCGCUUCGUGACCGCUCUGUCCUGCCAUCAUGGCUUGGGCUUGUGACGUCUGGUUCUCGCGGUAGUCAGCACGCAGGUGGGACCUUCAAAAGACAGUAGUUACGGUAUUUCCUUGCUGCACGACCGCUGGCCUAUUGGCAACAGAUCUACGAGACUUGUAUUGGUAUGUAUGCUUCCAUUUGGAAGUAGUGCUUAGCUUGAAUAUCAACAGUGCACGGAUAUUUUGCAUCAGC